GCUUACCACGACAGUGCCACUCCACCGCAUUCACCUCCUCCCCCACGCCAACCCAAACAUCUCACCCACCGCCCGCAGCCUCACUCCAAAUCUCGCUCCCAGAUCCAGCCUGCCAUGUCGUCCUCCGACCAGGACGACGACCACCACCACGCCGACGAGGACUCCCCCCUCUUCCGCGACUCCGACUCCUCCCGCCGCCGCUCCGGCCCCUCCUCCACUGAUCCAGCCAUGUCGUCCUCCGACCAGGACGACGACCACACCCACGACGACGACGCCCCCCUCUUCCACGACCCCCGCCGCCGCCCCUCCUCCUCCUCCUCCUCCGCCGUCGGCGAGGUGCCCGUCUCGCAGUCCUUCAUCAAGGCGGCCAGCAACGUCUGCUUCUCCUUCUUCGUGCUCGCCGUCCUCGUCGUCACCGUCGUCGCCGUCACCUACCAGCCGCCCGACCCCUGGCUGCAGUCCUCCGCCGCCAUCACCACCUCCCUCUCCCGCGUCCUCCCCAACUCCACCUUCCUCCACCCCGACGACUCGCUCCUCCCCACCGGCGAGGACUUCCCCUCCACCUCCACCUCCCCCUCCCCCUCCGCCGCCGCCGCCGCCCAGCGGGACGCCGCCGACGACCAACCCACCUCCCCCGCCACCUCCCCCUCCACCUGCGACCCCGACGCGCCGCUCAACUGCUCCGACCCGCGCGUGCUGGCCGCCGUCAGGGCCUUCAACGCCAAGGCCUUCUUCCGCAAGUCCAUCGUCUUCCUCAGCUACGAGGCGCCCGUCCCCGGCCCCGCCCCCACCCAAUGCGACGUCGCCUGGCGCUUCCGCAACCGCCGCGAGAAGUCCUGGCGCCGGUACCGCGACUACCGCCGCUUCACCCUCACCCCCGGCGACGCCUGCGCCCUCGACAUCACGUCCGUCGGCAAGUUCCGCUCGGGCAAGAACGCCGCUCGCCCGCCAACCCGCCCUCGCAACAAGAAACCGCAUCUCGCCGCAACCCCACCACCGGAGGCGGACGCGGAGAUCAACGACACCAUCCCCAUCCUCAGCUCCGAGGCGGAGUUCCGGCGCGGCAGGUACCUCUACUACAUGCGGGGCGGGGACCACUGCAAGAGCAUGAACCAGUUCAUCUGGAGCUUCCUCUGCGGCCUCGGUGAGGCCAACUACCUGAACCGCACCUUCGUCAUGGACCUCUCCAUGUGCCUCUCCGGCGCGCACACGGAGGACGGCAGGGACGUGAACGGCAAGGACUUCCGGUUCUACUUCGACUUCGAGCACCUCAAGGAGUCGGUGCCGCUGGUGGAGGAAGGGGACUUCCUCAAGGACUGGCACCGCUGGGACAAGAAGAAGAAGGGCAGCCCGGGCCGGAUGAGCGUGCGCAAGGUGCCCACCUACAAAACCACACCGAUGCAGCUCAAGAAGGACCGGAGCAGCAUCAUCUGGCGGCAGUUCGAGGGGAAGGAGCCCGAGAACUACUGGUACAGGGUCUGCGAGGGGCGCGCUGCCAAGGUCGUCCAGCGGCCGUGGCACGCCAUUUGGAAGUCCAAGAGGCUGAUGAACAUCGUGGCCGAGAUCGCCGGCAGGAUGGACUGGGACUACGACGGCUUGCAUGUGGUCCGGGGCUGGAAGGCGCAGAACAAGAAGAUGUAUCCCAACCUGGACGCCGACACGUCGCCGGAUGCGAUCGUGGGCAAGGUCACCAAGCUUGUCAAGGAGUGGCGCAACCUCUACAUCGCGACCAACGAGCCCUUCUAUUACUACUUUGAUAAGCUCAGGUCGCACUACCAUGUGCACCUGCUUGAUGAUUACAAGGAGCUUUGGUCGAAUACCAGUGAAUGGUACAACGAGACGACGACGAUCACCGGUGGGAAGCCAGUGCCGUUCGAUGCGUACAUGAAGGUGAUUGUCGACACCGAGGUGUUCUAUAGGUCGAAGGCAAAGGUGGAGACAUUCAACAACCUGACCAGGGAUUGCAAAGAUGGAAUCAACACUUGCAACUUGUGACAUACAAGUUCCCAUGGCGUGGUAACUUUUGGUGUCCAUAUACUCUGCCACUGGCCGGCGCAUUGGGAUUCAUGGGAACUCCAUCCUGGGCUUCUCAUUAGGCAUGCCAUCUUGAUACUGCUUGGCAUGGCAUGCUCAAUUGGUUACACACGUUCUUCUAAAUUAUGUGCCUUCCAUAUAAUUUACUGUGCUCAAGCCUCAAUGGCCAAAUAGUUACUUCUUA